UACGUCAGGCCCAGUAGCAUUGCAUGCAAAAACGUUUUGGACAAAGAGAGCGGCAAUCGGCCAGUCGUCAUCUGCUCUGACUUUUCAUCGCAGUCUGAAAUUUCAGGAAGCUAGUUUAAUUAAUCGAUUGAUUUAUAAUUUCCGUGUCAAUUACAAAGAAAAAUAAGUGAGAGCCUACAUACGUAUGUAGUAGUUGCAUUAUCUGACAAGUUUGAAGUUUAAAUGGUUUAAAAAGUUUUUGCCUAAUGGUAAUCAAAAUCUAGUCAAUUUAGAUCCAAAAUUUGGUCAGCGUUUGGCGUGUAAGAGAGUUGAGACCCUCGACUGAUUUCUCCCCGUCGCCGUUGAAGACUUAUCUAUUCUCGCAAGGACAUUAAGUCCCCCUCAGUCGUCAUAAUCUAAUCAAACCAGAAAUGCCAGGACGAGCAAGAAACAUCUCGAAACCGCGCGGUCGCAUCACUGCGUACGCCUUCUUCGUCCAUGCAUACCGAGAAGAAGUUAUGAGAACGGCUCCAGAUAAGAGCUAUGCUUUUUCUGAAUUCUCUCGGAAAGCUGCGGACCGCUGGAAGACCAUGUCCGACCAGGAGAAGAAACCUUUUCACGUGAUGUCUGACCGUGACAAGGCUCGAUUUGAGGAGGAAAUGCACAGAUACGAUCCAUCCUUCAUGGUCGAGAAGAAACGUUGCCAGCGCCGCCGGAAAGAUCCCCUCGCACCGAAAAGAUCUCUCUCCGCUUUUUUUUGGUUUUGCCACGACGAGCGGCCCAAAGUGAAGGAGCAGUUUCCGGACUACGGGAUGAGCGAGAGUGCCAAAGAACUGGGACGAUUGUGGGGCCAGGCUGAUGCCGAAACUAGGCAAAAAUACGAAAUUAUGGCGCAAAGGGACAAAGAACGUUACCAUGCGGACAUGGCAGCUUACAAAAAGAUCGCGGCGUCCCAGUCAUAAUAACGUGGAGGAGGAAUAAUCAACCAAUUUUUUUACAGAAACUUAUUUUCUCUACAGUUUUGUACCUUAAUUGUAAGUCAUUAGCUCAGAUAAUCAGGUGCAAGUGUGUGAUGUUACUUUUGAUAAUAAUUAAUUUAUGUAUUUCACCCAAGACACUUUAUGUUAUAAAUAUUAAAUGCCAACUAUUUAUGAAGAAGAAAUGAUCUAUUUAUAUUUGUCUCUCAGAAAAUUAAAGUUCCGUUAUUGAAUAACACACAUAUAUUUAUGUAAAAGUAUUUUUGUAAUUCAAACGUUUUGAAUAAGUCGAACUGUUAAUUAACUAAUGAACACAUAAUUGAAUGCUUAUUACGACAUAGUACAAAAAUUUAACAUAUGUACCAAUGAGAAUGAAGUCAUAAAUAUAAUUCCUUCAAUUUAAAUCUA